AGGUAUUUGACGACUCCCUGGGUGUGACUGUGAGAGCUGGAGUAAAAAUACUUUUUACGUUCAUCCAUCGUCGACAACAGUGUCAUUCAUGGCGUCUCUUUGAGCCCAUUUGGAGGGAGUUGAAGUGCUGCUAUCCCGACAUUGUUCUAGUGGAGGCAGCACUAUUCUUGUGUGUCGCUGCGGUAAAACGAGAGACACACGUGGCAGAGUCUUUGUAAAUAACAAAUAAAUAAACCGAUCAUAUCUGCCACUGUUGUGAAGAAAUUGAUCAUGGGAGACGCUGAUCUUCGCAUAUGGGUCUCUGACCGUCUACACGACGUGCUAGGCAUGUCAGAGAGGACGGUGGUAGAUUUUUUGAUAGCCGGCGCGAAGAAAGCGAACAGCCCGGACGCCCUCACUCAACUAGUGUCAUCCAGUGGGUUUGAUGUUACGCCUGCUGUGGAGGUGUUCGCAGAGGAGCUGUGGGGCAGAUUUCCGCACGCCGCCGCUGUGCCGCUGGCUCAGCGCCCAUCCGCUGUGCGCAGCCGGCAGGUAUUGCAAGAGAGAGCAAAGAACGCGUCGUAUAAACUCAUUCCCGAGUCGAGCAGCGAGGAGGAGGAAGAGAAGCCAGCACCGGUAGAAGACAGCAAGAAAAGACGUAAACACCGCCGGCAUGCAUCCUCGAGCGAAAGUGAGAACGACACCAGCCGUCAUCCGCCGGCAUCCAAACGGAAACCCGAUGUACGCGGUUCCACGAAGAGCAAGGGCGAGUCUUCGUCGUCGGAUGAGUGGGAACGUGCCGAAGAGGAACGUCGCAAGGACCUGGAGGAGAGAGAUGCCUUCGCCGACCGAAUACGACUCAAGGACAAGGACAGAACGCGGAAGGUGACGGAACGUACCAACAAGAAGGCCCUCAAAGAGGCCACGAAGCGCCUACAGAUGGAGAAGGAAGCCAACCGUAAAGAGCUGGUUCCUGAGCUACGUAAGAGAGCACGUCAGCGGUACGUCAAGGAACGGAAAGGAGACAAACUCGUGGAGUUGCGGCAAGACAUCGAGGACGAUCUCUACAUGUUCUCGAAUCAAAAACUAACAGACCGAGAGAAGCGGGAGUUGGAGCAGAAACGGCACAUCUUGGAGCUAGCUACCCAGUAUGAGAAGGCUGGUGAUGUUGAGAAGGUUGCUGACGAUCGUUACAGUAUUCCCAAACUCGAUGCGAAACCUUCCAAGCGUGGCUAUGUGGAUCCUACUGAAGAAGAGCUGGGACCAAACUUUGAGCAGAAGCAAUGGGAGGAGGAGCAGAUACACAAAGCUGCCAUGAAGUUCACUUCGGCUGAUGCCAAGAGUCGCAGCAAGGGAAAAGAUUAUGAUUUUGUCGUUGAUGAGGAGAUGAUCGAGUUUCAACUGCUGGAAACAGUUGCUGGCAAGAAUGUCAAACAGCAAACUGAAGAAGAGCGUAUGCUUGAGGAGGCCGAGCGACAGCGGAUGAGCAUAGCGGAGACUCGCAAAAGCUUGCCAAUCUUCGCGUAUCGUGAAGAACUCUUACAAGCUGUGCACGAUCAUCAGGUGUUGAUCAUUGAAGGUCAGACAGGAUCUGGCAAAACAACACAGCUACCGCAGUACCUGGUUGAGGGUGGUUUCUGCGGCGAUCGGAAGAGCAAGAAUCGCAAGAAGAUCGCUUGCACCCAGCCACGUCGUGUGGCCGCUAUGAGCGUGGCGGCUCGUGUGGCGGAGGAGAUGGACGUCAAGUUGGGAAAUGAGGUCGGCUACAGUAUACGUUUUGAAGAUUGCACGUCGGAGAGAACCAUUCUAAAGUACAUGACUGACGGAAUGUUGCUCAGAGAGUUUCUCGGAGAACCAGAUCUGGAAACGUACAGCGUUGUGAUCAUUGACGAGGCUCAUGAGCGCACCCUGCACACGGACAUCCUGUUUGCCCUGGUCAAGGACAUUGCCCGCUUCAGACCCAAUCUCAAGCUCAUCAUCUCCAGCGCCACGCUGGAUGCUGAGAAGUUUUCGGCGUUCUUUGAUGAUGCUCCGAUUUUCCGGAUUCCUGGCCGUCGUUUCCCUGUGGAUAUCUUCUACACAAAGGCACCGGAGGCAGACUACCUGGACGCGGUGGUAGUAUCUGUAUUGCAGAUACACAUCACACAACCACUUGGUGACAUCCUGGUCUUCCUUACAGGACAAGAAGAGAUUGAAACAUCCUAUGAGACACUCAUGGAGCGUACUAGACGUCUGGGCUCCAAGAUUCGUGAACUGCUUGUUCUGCCCAUCUACGCCAACCUGCCGUCGGACAUGCAGGCUAAGAUCUUUGAACCCACUCCGCCAGGUGCUCGAAAGGUUGUUAUCGCAACGAACAUUGCCGAGACCUCAUUGACAAUUGAUGGCAUCAUCUAUGUGAUCGACGCCGGCUUCUGCAAGCAGAAAUGCUACAACCCACGCACUGGCAUGGAGUCGUUGGUCGUCACGCCCUGCUCUAGAGCAUCCAGUAAUCAACGUGCUGGGCGUGCUGGGCGUGUGGCAGCCGGCAAGUGUUUCCGUCUCUAUACACGCUGGUCGUACGAGAAUGAACUCGAGGAGCAGACAAUCCCGGAGAUCCAGCGAACCAACCUUGGCAAUGUGGUGUUGAUGUUGAAGUCACUGGGUAUUGAAGAUUUGCUCAACUUUGACUUCAUGGACCCACCGCCCUCGGAGACACUGGUCAUGGCUCUAGAACAGCUGUACGCACUCGGUGCACUCAAUCACAAGGGUGAACUCACUAAGCUUGGAAGACGGAUGGCAGAGUUUCCUCUUGAUCCCAUGCUGUCCAAGAUGCUGAUUGCUGCAGAGAAGUACAAGUGCAGUGAGGAGGUCAUGACCAUCUGUGCUAUGCUGUCAGUCAACAACACAAUCUUCUUCAGACCCAAGGACAAAGCUGUCCUUGCCGACACAGCCCGUCAGAACUUCUUCCGGCCCGGCGGUGACCAUUUGACACUUCUGAACUGCUACAAUGAGUGGCAGGAGACUAACUUCUCGACGCAGUGGUGCUUUGAAAACUACGUCCAGUUCAGGGCCAUGCGUCGAGCCCGCGAUGUCCGUGAUCAGCUGGAAGGCUUGAUGGAGAGAGUGGAAAUCGAGAUCACGUCCAACGUCGGUGACAGUGUGGCCAUUAGGAAGGCGGUGACAGCUGGCUUCUUCUACCACACGUCACGUCUGUCCAAGGGUGGUGAUUACAAGACGGUCAAGCAUCCGCAGACUGUUCACAUUCACCCCAACUCUAGCCUGUUUCAGGAGACGCCCCGCUGGCUUAUCUAUCACGAGCUCGUCUUCACCACCAAGGAGUACAUGAGACAGAUUAUCGAGAUUGACCCGGCAUGGCUGUUGGAAGUCGCUCCUCAUUACUACAAGGAGAAAGAGUUGACGGACGGCGCAACACGCAAGAUGCCAAAGAAAGUCGGUGCUAGUAGUGCCUCACUUAGAUCUACGUAGAACCACCGCCCUUGGCCUGAAGCUGCUGCUGCGUACCGUAUAGGUAUGGCUGCACUCAGGGAGAAUAGUCUGAUGACGUCAUGGAUGAUGUAAUGAAGGAACUGUUGGUAUGUCACCAUGUCAGUGUGAUCAGCAGUGUGUCACGGUACCCUGCAUGCUGCCUGGGUAGCCUGUUGACAUCAGUGUGAUUAUCAAGCUGAUUUGGCUAUUGUGUUCUUUGUACUUUAUGUCAGCCGCUCUGCUGCUAUCACCAGUUUUGUGAUUUUUUCUAUCUCCCUAUCUCUUUCUCUCUCUAUCUCUUUCUCCCUCCUACCCCCCCCCCCCCCCCCCCUCUCUCUUCAUGUGUGUGUCUGUGUAUGUGUGUGUGUCUGUGUGUGUGUGUCGCUCACUGCUGCUGUGAAGUUUCCACUGGAAGCUGUUUGGAGUUUUGUGAACACGUGUUUUCUUCGUGUUGCACAGUAUUUUGAUGAAUUUUUUUGAUGAUUUUUUUGAUGAAUUUCUUACAUUGUUUUGGUACUCUGCUGGAUGGAGUAUGAACCAUU